CUUCGCUCACUUCAUUCUAGUGUCACACGCGAACCGGUUCUAAGAUUAUAUUAUGCCUCGAGAUCAAAUUUCUGGCGAUACCCUUCUGUAAUGAUUACAACGAUCAAUCAUCAUACCCGCAACUGUUUGUAUACAUUCUCGUCCCUAUACUAGGAUUACCAAGCUCAGCAUACGUAGUUCGUAAAGAAAAAAAACUGGAAAAAAGAAAUAAAUAAACUUGAUUAUAGACAUUUGGCUAGUAACUGCGAUUCUGGCGCCUCGAUUCGCUCAGAAAUUAAUCGGCACUCAUCGGAUGCAGACGCUACACGAGAAGAUCUUAGAUCGGAACAGUGUUUUGUCGUGAAGUCGUGAAACCGCUCAAUGGUGAAAUCAAUCGAAGGAAUGGCAAGGACUACUGAACUGAUCUGCAUAUUGCUAUGGAUAGGAAGCUUCGUUAGUGCAGAUCGGUCCAGCAUCAUAUUCCGCGAAGACGACGAUGACCGGGAUUCGUUCGCCGCUCGGUUCAACCUGGACACGGACGACAUGGAGUACGAGCAGGACAAUGGCAACGAUACACUGAUACCAAAACUGGUUCUAACACGCGACGAAGAACAGAACUACAUCGCCCUUCCGGACAAGGAUGGAACAUUCGGAGCCGUGUCCCGGAUGGCCGUAGUCGAGAGCCGCGUGGAUAGUAGCAAAUUCGAGGCAGCCGAAUUUGUCAAGUUCCAUUUCUACGCCAGGUCGAACAACUAUCAACCGGUUGAACUGCGCUAUGAUCAGAUCCGGUUUCUUCCGGAUCACCAUGGGUUCAACGAGAAGCUACCGACCAAGAUUUUGAUCCACGGGUGGCUCGGUGGCUCCGAUUCAGAAGUUAUUGAACCGUUGGCGAAGGAUUUCUUGGAGCAGGGUAACUUUAACGUCAUUGCUGUGGACUGGGAGAAGGGAGCCCGAACGCUGCUGUAUCCUGUGGCUAGGUAUAGGGUCGCGAAAGUUGCUGAGCUGGUCGCAGCUGUCAUUAACCAACUUUUGGGGUUUGGCCAACCAUCGGAUCAGAUUGGAAUCAUCGGUCAUAGCCUGGGAGCGCAUAUAGCCGGUUUGGCAGGGAAGAAGGCGAACAAGAAGGUUGGAUUCAUUGUAGGACUGGAUCCGGCGGCACCACUGUUCCGUCUGAAGAAACCGGCCGAACGGCUAUCGAACAGUGAUGCUCACUACGUGGAGGUGAUUCAUACGAAUGGGAAAGGCCUCGGAAUAUUCGGAAAUAUCGGGAACACGGACUUUUAUCCGAAUGGAGGUUCGAGCCAACCUGGAUGUGGCUGGAACCUUAGCUGCAGCCAUCAGAGGGCUGUCGACUAUUUUAAGGAGUCUUUGAAGAGCAAGAACUACUUCGCAAACCGGUGUAGCGACGUUAACGAGCUAAACUCCAACUGUUCCCUGGGAAGGGCAACUAUGGGCGGUUUGGAAGCUCUUAGGACACGUGGCAAACCUGGGGGCGUGUAUUACGCAUCAACGGCUCCUGAUAAGCCGUUCUUGGGAAGUCUUAAUAACGAUCUGACGGCUCGUCAGAUCGUUCUAGAUCUGCUCAGCCCACCUUAUUCCCAUAUGCUCCACGUUGUGGUAUCUGUACGUAACCUUCUGGAUCGUAAGUUCGUCGUAGAGCCCAAAGACGAAUCACGUAUCACAUUUUUCGAUAACGAUGACGACGAACUAUCCCUCGCAAAUGGAACUCAAUCCUCAGACCUGGACGACAUGGAGUACGAACGGGACAACGAAGGGGACACGUUGAUUCCGCAGCUCAGGAUGUCCCAUGAGUUGCAGGAGAACUACAUCACCCUACCGGACAAGGAAGGUGACUUCCAGAUCAUGCCACGAAUGGCCGUUCGCGAAAGCCGCCACAACAAUAGCCAGUACGAUGCGGCAAAGUAUGUCCGGUUUCGUUUCUUCAGCAGCUCGAACCAGUCCACGGAGUUGGGAUUCGAUCAGAUCCAAACUCUGCUGUUCGACCACGGGUUCAACGUGUUGCUCCCGACUGUGAUUCUAGUUCACGGAUGGCUGGGCAGCUCCGAGUCGGAAGUGAUCGAACCUCUGGCACGGGAGUUGUUGGAGCACACUAAUUUGAACGUUCUGGCAGUGGAUUGGGAGAAGGGGGCCAGCACGUUGCUGUAUCCCGUUGCAAGAUAUCGCGUACCGAAGGUUGGUAAACUGGUAGCCGCAGUAAUCGAUCGGUUUUUGGACUACGGUCAAACGCCGGAGCAGAUCGGGAUCAUUGGACACAGCUUGGGAGCGCACAUCGCCGGGAUUGCGGGCAAGAAUACCCGCCGGAAAAUUGCCUGUAUCGUUGCGCUGGAUCCGGCAUCACCGUUGUUCCGUUUGAAGAAACCAGCCAAGCGCCUCGCGGAUACCGAUGCUCAGUACGUGGAGGUCAUCCACACGAACGGGAAGGCUUUGGGAAUUUUCGCGCGGAUUGGCGUUGCAGAUUUCUAUCCCAACGGAGGAGCGAAACAACCGGGCUGCGGAUGGAACAUAAGCUGCAGUCACCAAAGGGCGGUGGACUAUUUUAAGGAAUCACUCAAGAUGCGGAACUAUUUUGCCCAGCGAUGCACCGAUGAGAAGGGACUGGAUUCGAAUUGUUCGUUGGGUGUUGCUUCCUUGGGAGGCUUUAGGGCGCUUGGUAGCAGGGGUAAGCCACGUGGAGUUUAUUACACGCGGACGGCCGAAGAUAAACCCUUUUUAAGGGAUGAAUAAUGCUUAGGAAGUAUAUUAGACUGAUAGAG